UGAAACUUCUCAAAUAAAAGCCAUUUGCACCAAACACUGAGACUGUACGUUAAAGAUGAGCAGCUAAGUGUUUCAGUUUGACUGAUGACUGCAGAGGUGUAGCAACAACCUCUUCCUCAAUUCUCUCCACACAACAAAAAGCCAGAACCAAAAAACAUCCUUUCGUCAGUGCUUCGUGGUCCAGUCAAUAAGCCACAAAGAGGACAUCGUAUAGUAAAAGUGAAAAAUGAUUUCCAUCUACAUAAUCAUCCUGGUCCCAGCGGUCCUGGCAAAAGAGUCUAUGGAAUGCAAUUUAUCUGGAUCCAUUGGAGCUCAGCAGUGUUUUGGAGCACUUGGGAAGCCAUUGAUUUUUCACCUGCCAAUAAAUGGAACAAAGACAAUAUUGAAAAAUAAGACGCAUACCAUUUUAAAUGCAGUAGUGAAUUCACAUGGGGAAUACAUCAGUCAAUCAGCAUUGUCCGCCAAUGGAACGUUCAUGCUGAAUGCAGCACGGAGGACAGACUCUGGAGAUUACCAGCUCAAAGCAUAUACAACUGAGGGUAAACUGCUGCGUGACAUCAACAUGCAUCUUGAAAUACAAGCUCCAGUGUCAAAGCCUGCUGUGUCUCAGACGUGUCUGUCACCAGAACAGAUGAUCAUCAGAUGCUCCUCUGAGGGAGAUGAAGUAGAGUUCACUUUGACCUUGGAUGGUCUCUUACCGGUGCAGACCAGAGGCCACAGCCAGUCCCAGACAAACUGGACAGCAAACAUGAAGCCACUGGCUGGGAGUGAAGCUGAACACAAAGCCAGCAGUUCAAAGGUUACCAUCAGCUUACAUGGUCAACUGACAGGAAGCUUGAAGUGUCAUGUUGGGAACAAAGUCAGCAGAGACGAAACAGUCGUUCACCUGACAAGCUGUGAAGGUAGUGCAAAUCAAGGAAUUUUAUUUAUAUUUAUUGAUUUACUUAUUUAUUUCAUGAGUUAG